CUGGCAACAGGCCCAUGUGAGAUUGAUGUUUCACCGCGAAACUUGUACAUACGUGCAAAAGAAAGAGUCGAGAUCAAACAGAAGAGUCGAGUUUGGAUCACUGAUCAAUAAAAUUGAGUUUGAGUCUUCGGUCGAAAGUUCAUCGAACAUUAAAGGAAACAUUAAUUUCUCUAUGAGAGAAAUUUCUUUGGCUUCACAAGCAUAUAACCUCAUUAUCCUAGCCCCCGGGCCGACCGGUCUGCGGGUAAAAAAAGUCAAGAAUCAAGUUAUUGACCAUUUAGCACUCUUCCUAUAAUAAUGAUUUCCACGGAUUUUAAAAAGUGGUAUGCCAAAGUUAGAUAUUACAAUGGUGAUGUUGAAGAUAUUUCGGUGCGUAAAAUUAAAACUCAAGAAGGUAACCAGUUUUCUCCCAAAAACUAUAAAGACUUCAACUCCAAUAUUUUAUAUUCUGUAAAAACAGCAAUGAACGAUGUGGAAGGAAAAGAACAAAGAUACUAUGCGUACAUUGGCAAGCUUGCAGGAAGUAUCGAAGGAUUAAAUGAUUACGAUAAAAGAAUUAGUUGGCCUACGUGGCCUUCAGAUGCACUUGAUGAACCCGACAAUACUUCCCAAGAUGAGAGACAGCAAAACACAGCAUCUUCCUCAAUUUUAGCUCAUCGAGAAAAAGCAGACAGAAAAGGAGGCAGUAAUAGCAGAUCCAUCUAUAGUUUCAACUGCUACAUCUUUAACUUCAACUGUUUCAUUGACUUCACAGAAAGCUUAAGGAGAAAAAGCUCGUCAAACUUCAAAAUGUCGUUUCAGUUCAAAGUAAUAAUAAUGUAAAAUAUAUCCUUGCA